AUGCUGGUUGAUUUGCUUUCGCGGGUUUUUUGUACAUUGUCCGAAAUGAGCCACCAGGCGAAUGUCCAUGAUGGUGACGGCCAUCAUUCAUUUGAGAUCUCUCGUGAAGACAUCUUUAAGCCUUAUAAAGAACCAUGGGCUGUUAGAUCCCUUUUUCCAUUUCUUACGAGUCUAAUAGAUGUACCUGUGACUUUUUUCAGAGAGCAAAUUGUUGACCGGAUACCUAGAAAAAAAUUCUACUACUAUCACCAGCGUUUUGCGCGUGUUCCUGAAAUUGACACUUGUGUAGUUGGUGACAGAGUCUGUAUAGCUGAGGCCAACGAUCAAUUUCACCGUGAUAGACUUGUGGACGCUAACAUCGUACGAAUUCUUCGUCAACGUCGUGAGGCUUGUAGACGGUGGUAUGACCGAGACUAUGAGGAUAUGGAUCGUUUCUGCAAAACGUAUAUUGAAGAACAUGAGGAGGCUGCCACUAACUAUUUUAUCAAGUACGGCGAGCUCUUCUUCUGGAGCGACGUGCGUGACGCCUUCAUGAAACAAAAACAUCGGAUGCUCUGGGAACGUGAAAACGGCCCCGUGGGCUCCAAAGGCAAGGCCAAGUCCGGUGAUAAAGAGGCAGAUGAUACCGUUUCCUUCUUGCGUCGUUUUUACGGUCAUAUUUAUCUUCCGAAGGAACUUCGUUAUUAA